AUGUCUGAAAACGGCACGGCAUCAAAGUUGAGAAAUGCUCGUGCAUGUGAGGCUUGCAGAGCAAGUAAAAGUCGUUGCAUUUUCAGCAAGGGGCAGGAUGUGUGCCACAGAUGCGAACAGAGUAGCAAUGACUGUGUUGUCCGAUCUAAAGCUCGCCCAAUGCGAACUCGCAAUACAAAAUCUUCUACCAAUCCCAACAAGAAUCACUCCCCCAUAUUUGAUGACUCGGAAUUUUCGAUCAAUCUUCCCCCCGUGUUGCCUCCAGAUACCCAAAAGGAUUUGCUAGCACUCCACCGACGCCAUAAAGAGUUUUUCGGAGAAGACGGCCCUCCAGAGACGAAGCGCAUCCAUGAUAUUGAACAAGUCCAAUCUGCUUCGUCACUUAUAGAACAACGACGAAUUAGCCUCCUCGAUGGCGAAGAACUUCUCUCCACUUUUCGCCUGAUGGCUCCGUGUUUUCCAUUUGUCCAGGUUUCCCAAGAUGCCACUGUUCCCUCAUUGUCGAAAUCGUCUCCGUUCCUGCUACUAGCAAUUCUUACGAGCGCAUCGAUUAAAGAUCCGCCCUUGUACCAUCAGAUGGACCAUGAAUUUAGGCGCGUCCUGAGUUCCAAGGUGAUUGUUGAAGGGCAAAAGAGCCUCGAUUUCUUACUAGGGUUGCUUGUGUACAUCGCAUGGUACCCAAUUCAUAUACAUCCUCGAAAUAAUCAAUCAUCUAUGUAUAUAAAUCUUGCGAUUAGUCUUGCCGCUGAUCUUGGGCUGGACCGAGAAUCGCCGAACCUCAGCAACUUCAACGCUAUACGCACAGAAGGUCUCAUUGAGAACGACGAGUUCACAAAAGCAGCGAAGAGAGCAUAUCUCGGGUGUUACUACUUAUCUUCUGCUUAUUGUCAAGGCUUCGGGAAACCAAACAACUUACGAUACUCUAAUGUCAUGGAUGUGUACGGCGAAUCAUUGAUGGACGAAGAGCUUCUGGCCCCCGUUUACUCGAUGGUCAGAUUGCGACGCCUUAAUGAGAAAAUUACGGAACUCCACGCUAGCAAACAACUGAGCGACGAUCCGCACCUUGACUCUCUCAAUGCUGAGUUGAAUGUUCAGAUAUUCACGAAUGAGCUUCAGCAAUGGAGAGACUCUAUACCGGACGAGAUCCGCAGCUUGCCAUAUAUGGCUCUUGCUGAACGAUCCGUCGACCUUUCGAUCUACAGCUAUGAGCUUGGAUUUCUGCGUAAGCCAUACAGAGAUCACUUGCGUUCACAAAAAGACAAUGCUCCGCUCGUCCAGUCUCAUCUUACCAAUUGCCUCGAUUCUUCCAAGAGAUUUUUCGAGUACCUUCUGUCAUUACCCGAGGCCAGCUUGCUAGGGUUUACAUCUGUGCAGUGGGGUCUGAUGGUCGAAGCGACGCUUGUUCUCUCUCGACUCACCUUUCUCAUGGCUGCGAAUCGAGGAUGGGAUUCAAAUACGACAAGGACGAACAUACCUUUAGUGAUGUACCUCGACUGUCUCUGUUACCGCUUCCAGCAUUUGUCAUCCACUAAGACUUCUUCCGAAGAUGUCAAUCAUCCUAGGAACCCCGACGUACUUUACGUCUUCAAGAUGUUACUAGCAAGCGUCAAGACGUCUUACGAGCGCCGAGUUGCUAACAUAAAGCCGGAAUCCUUUGUCGUGCAACCCGGAAAAAUAGCUGGUAUCGCGAUGGGUCAUUGCCCAAUAAUGGAUCCGAGCCUAAGUCCUUACUUCAACUCUCCCAAAGAUUCAACUUAUGGAGGGUCCUCUGAUCUCAAUCAAAUUGGAGCAUCUGAGUAUCAAACAUCGACUACUGGUAUGCCCCUGUAUCAUGAUCUUUGGGCCACAAUGACUUGCAACUGGGCUCGAGAGUUUUGA